CGUACACAUAGUCUACAAAAAAAUUAAGGUAUUCUUUACAAGGCAUUAUUUUGUAAGGCUAAAAACAAUGUUUUUUUUCCAUUGACUUCUAAAACUGGAAGAUCUCUCUCAUAUGCAGGAGAUAGUCCUUCAAUAACAAAAGCAACAUUUAGCGAAACUUUAGUAAACAACUAAAUGUUAACUAAAGUUAACGUUUAGUUAACUUAUGUUAACAAGUGCAAAGCAUUUUUUACAGUACUUAGUCAUUUAUCUUCCUGUAAUGUCUUGCUUGUAGACUAAGUGCCAUUUAUCUUCCGGUAAUGUCUUGCUUGCAGACGUAAGUUUUAUUUUUAAGAAGAAAGUUUAGCCACUAAAGUACAGAUUCUUGCCAGCUUUGAGGAUUAGUCUGGGUUUUGACUCUCCUGUCCAAACAUUUAAUAGUUAGUAAAAUCAGAAUAGUAUGAGGUGAGAUUAUUUUCUAAGUUGGUAAAUGUUACUAUUUUAAAUUUAAUAUCAUUAUCAAGAACUAUGACAUGCUACGAUUAUCUACGUGUAUGAAGGAAAAAACUGUGCAGGAGAGAGCAUGAAGAGAUAUUGCUCCAGAAGUGCCCCACACAUGGAAUUCUCAUUCUUUUUUGGCUCUGGAGUAAAACGAAAACAAUUAUAUUUAAAUUUUGUUCAUUGAGCAUCAUAUUCUACACUUAGACACAGUCAUUGGAUGUCUGCAGCUUACGAUUUUUCCUCUGACUUUCAGACGUUGAGUAUUACUUGGGGAUGGCGAUAUGCUUCUCUAGUAACAGCAGGCAUUUUUAUGCGAGAGGCUGGGUGAAUAGAUAAAGCUUCUCCUGUGUGGAGCUGAGACGGCAGCUGCCAGACUGUCAGUGCUUGGCCGACAGCAGGGCCCGCGUUUCUCGCACCGCGCCUCUCGCUGCGAAGGGCAGGCCGCUCGCCCGCCCCCGGGACUACAGCUCCCGGCGGUCUUCGCGGCGGCGCGACAGCAGCGCGGAGUCCGAGCGGCUCACGCAGCAUAGCGGACGCGCGCGCGUGAGGCGCCUGUGCGUCCGGGCAGCGGGAUGUGUGAGAGGAGCUCUCGUCGUCUCGAGCGAGCGAGACGCGACGCUGGAGCGGUGAGGUCCCGGCCUCGCCGCCCGCAUGGAGCUGAGCAGCGCAGAGGCGGUGUCCACCCGGUUCCUCGGCCUUACUCAGCGCUCAGUCUCUGAAGAUCUUGGUUGCAGACGUGGAGAGUUUAGCAGGAAGCACUAUGGAUCCGUGGAGCUUCUUAUAUCUAGUGAUGCUGAUGGAGCUAUUCAAAGAGCUGGACGAUUCCGUGUGGAAAAUGGCUCCACUGAUGAGAUUGCAGGCUACACUCCAGGUACAUGGCACAGGACAGAUGUGCAUUUGGAAAAUCCAGAGUAUUAUACAAGAUGGUAUUUCAAAUACUUUUUGGGAAAAGUUCAUCAAAAUUAUAUAGGUACAGACUCAGAGAAGAAUCCUUUCUUUCUGUCUGUUGUACUUUCUGACCAAAAUAAUCAGCGUGUUCCUCAAUACCAUUCAAUUCUUUGGAGAAAAACGGGUACUCAGAAAAUAUGUCUCCCUUACAGUCCCACAAAAACAUUAUCAGUGAAAUCUAUAUUAAGCGCAAUGAGUCUUGAGAAAUUUGAGAAGGGACCAAGGGAAAUUUUUCAUCCUGAUAUACAAAAGGAUUUAUUGGUUCUUGAAGAGCAAGAGGGAUCUGUGAAUUUUAAAUUUGGAGUCCUUUAUGCUAAGGAUGGGCAGCUUACAGAUGAUGAAAUGUUCAGCAAUGAAACUGGAAGUGAAAGCUUUCAAAGAUUUUUGCAUCUCUUGGGUGACACGAUUACUUUGAAAGGCUGGACUGGCUACAGAGGGGGACUGGACACAAAAAAUGAUACAACAGGAACGUUUUCCAUCUAUACAGUUUACCAAGGGCAUGAAAUUAUGUUCCAUGUUUCAACAAUGCUACCAUAUUCUAGAGAGAACAAACAGCAGGUAGAAAGGAAGCGGCAUAUUGGAAAUGACAUUGUUACUAUCGUAUUUCAGGAAGGAGAAGAGACUGCUCCAGCAUUCAAGCCAUCCAUGAUUCGCUCUCAUUUUACACAUAUUUUUGCCUUAGUGAGAUAUAAUAAGCAGAAUGAUAGUUACAGGCUAAAAAUAUUUUCAGAAGAAAGCGUUCCUCUCUUUGGGCCUCCACUUCCAUCUCCACCUGUGUUUACAAAUCACCAGGAAUUCAGGGAUUUUGUUUUGGUGAAAUUAAUAAAUGGGGAAAAAGCCACCUUGGAAACACCAACGUUUUCUCAGAAACGUCAGCGCACUCUAGACAUGCUGAUCCGCUCUUUAUACCAGGACCUGAUGCCUGAUCUACACAAGAACAUGCUGAACAGAAGGUCCUUCAGUGAUGUGUUACCAGAGUCCCCAAAAUCAACACGGAAGAAGGAGGAAGCUCGGCAGGCAGAAUUUGUCAGACUUGGUCAGGCACUCAAACUGAAAACUGGUGUGAAAGGGGAUACACCAGCUACCUUGGCAACUACAAGCUUUUGUAAAAAGGAGCCUUGGGAGUCACAGUCUUUCUGCAGUAAUUUUCCUCAUGAGGUCGUCUGUGCAGAUUCUUGGGGCAAGUCCUUGCUGGUUUCUACAGAUGCUGGCGUCUUGUUAAUAGAUGAUGGUCAAACCGCUGUUCAAGUAUUUGAUAAAACUCUGCAAAUAAAGCAGAUGCAUGUGUUGGAAGCUCUGGAUUAUUUGAUUGCCCGAACAGACAAAGGGAAAGACUCCCGUCUUCUUGUCUUCAGAUUGAGUUCAGUCCAGAAAGAUAUAGAAACAAAGCAGGUGAUAAGAAGCAAAUAUGACUGCAGAGAAAAUAAAUUGGAGAGAACAAAAGGCUGCCAUUUAUAUGCCAUUAAUACUCACCAUGGCAGUGAACUGAGGAUUGUUGUGGCUAUUCGGAACAAACUACUUCUAAUCACAAAGAAAUACAAUCCAUGCAACAGUUUAACAGGCAGCUCUCCAUCUCCAGUAGAGGAGUUCCAAUAUAUCCGGGAAAUAUGCCUUUCUGACCCUCCAGUGGUUAUGACGCUAGUUGAUGGACCUACUGAAGACAGUGACAAUAUGAUUUGUGUAGCUUAUCGGCAUCAGUUUGAUUUAGUUAAUGAAAGUACUGGGGAGUCCUACAGACUGCAUCAUAUUGAAGCAAACAAGGUUAAUUUUGUUGCAGCUAUUGACGUAUAUGAAGAUGGUGAAGCUGGUCUACUGUUAUGUUAUAACUAUGUUUGCCAGUAUAGAAAGGUGUAUCCUUUUAAUGGUGGUUCUCCACUGAUCCAGCCAUCAGCUUAUGAUUUUCACUUUUGCUGGAAUCAAGUUCCUUAUGCCGUUGUCUGUGCUUUCCCUUACAUACUUGCCUUCACUACUGAUUCCAUUGAGAUCCGUUUAGUGGUGAAUGGAAACUUAGUCCACACAGCAGUUGUGCCUGAGCUUCAACUUGUAGCAUCAAGGUCGGAUAUUUAUUUUAAAGCUACUGCUGCAGUAAGCGGAUCAUCUCAUAGCAAUUCUAAGGAAAUGAGUUCAAGGAGUUCACCUCAAACACCUACAGCUUAUGACAUGUCAGAAUGUUCUCUUUCUUCUUCAGAAGUUUCAGGUGAAGUUACAUGUAAAAACCUGUAUAAAAUUCCUCUUAGUAAUCUGGUAGGGCGAAGCAUUGAACGACCUCUGAAGUCACCUUUGACUCCUAAAGUCGUCACUACUCCAACAUCCAGUGGCAUUACCUCUCUUCCUGUUACUCACUCACUAUCCUUAUCUCGCAUGGAAAUUAAAGAAAUUGCAAACAGAACACGUAAAGAAUUGCUGGGCCUCUUGGAUGAGCCUAUUCCCAAGACAGAAGGUGCACAGAAGCAAAAAAAGAUUCCUCGAAGACAGUCAGACCCCAAGCAGGGAGCAGUAAGAUCAACUAGUAGUGACAGAAUAAUUUCAGCCUCUUUCGAAAGCUAUUCUGAGGGUCGUCAUCUUUCCACUAGUUCAGAUCCUGAUUCUGUAGCAAACAGGGAGGAGAGCUCACCAUUUAGCUAUCCAUUUCAUCUGACUUCUUUAUAUGAUGAAGACAUCAUUGACUUGAAGUGAAGACAGACAAGACUGUUCCUUACUUCACCUUUUCUUACAACUCUGUGAGCUCUGUAGGAAUGUCACAAACAGUGCUUCUAGUGGUAAAAUGUGGCUGGAAGUAUUGGUGAUUAAUCUUUAUAGGUCUCAUGUUGUUCUGGCUUGCUUAGCCUGGUUUGGUGAUGCUUGCAUCUUUGACGUCUGUAUGUUUUCUUAUUUCAGUUAAUGAACCAUUACUUUUCUGUGGUAUUUUAAAGGUAGGUUAUCAAUGAGAGCUUUAGGCUGAAAUUUGAAAAUUUGAAGUAAAUAAAAAGUAUUACUUAUUCUGAGCUACCUGAAGUAGCAUUCCACAAAGUUAAUUGGUGUUACUAAUGUUGUGAGUUGUUUUACAGCAGAGUGUGCAAUGUAGGAAGAAGAAUUUUUUAAUGAAAAUCACUCCUUUUGUUGUUUUUUUUAAUCUUAAAAAAGCCAAAAAAAAAAAAAAAAGCUUCUAGGCAAGAUCUUCUCAAACAGUGCAGUCUGUCCUUGAAAUGAUGCAGCUGUUUUUUGUUCAAUGAAGAAUCAAGAAUAUUCUAUAAAGAUCAGGUGACAUAUUAACAUGCUGUUUUCUCUGACCUGUGUACAUAUUUUUAGAGGAACUUGAAAACUGUUUCAGCAUUAAGAAUCUUUGAGCAGAGGAAAUUUUAUUAAACAAACAAACAAACAAACAAAAAAAACACAAAUCUUCCUUAAAAAUUUUAAGUCAAAAUUAUACUUACUUCUCCAUCUACUGGAACAACUUUUCUGUGAUGCACCUUCAGAUUUCCUCACUACAGGCAGAAGCCACCCCCUAAUUCUGACUAUAGAAAGAUUCCUUUGCAGGCAUCAAAAUUUGUUGUUUGCUCUUGUACCAACAAUAGAAGUCACUGCUUCAGAUAAAUGUUUUUCUAAGUGGACCAGACUAAAAUUUUACUGCUAGGAAACUAGUUUUCUAUGAUGAAAUAGCCAUAUAAAAUUUUUUGUUAAUGGACAAAAUUUCACCAUUAAGCUUGAUUAUUUUUUAACCCUUCCCUCUCUGCCAAAAAGUCAAUUUUAAACGGUAUUUUGAAAGAGUUUGCUGUUUUUCACGAAAACGUGAUGUUUCCAGGCUUUUUAUGUAGAAAGAUGUGGGCUUUAUUAACAGGUAUUUCUUGCUGCUUAUGUAGACAUAAUUCUGUAUCCUUGAUUUUUAUUUUUUUUUAAUGUGUAGUAUAUGUAAGCAUGACCAUCUGGUGAUUUCCACCUUUUGCUUCUGCCUGUCUGAAUGUGAAACUUUUUGCAAAAUUUUUCAUGCCCUGCUUAUUGUAUUAUGAUGGAUUAAUAUCUCCACCUAAGAAAAUAUGCAAGGCCGUAACUUAAAAGAAUCACUUCUUUUUCUUGAUCAAGAAAAGAAGCAAUAAUUUAAGCAGUACUUUGUUCAGGAGCAGAAGCAGUAUUAAUCAAUGACUGCUCAUAUUUUUUUAGUAUUUGGGCAAUCAUGGAUGUGUGGGGUGAGCCUUAAUAAACUUCUGAAAGGAAGUGCCACCUUAAAGUCUUUGCAGGAGCUUGUAAUUCUGUUUCAGAAUUGACCACAGUCAUUUACCCCAACCUAUUUAUCUUGUCAGUUGAGGUUUAAGAACAAUUGAUCUGGAAUUAUCAUAUGGUCCUUAUCCUUCUGGAAGCUGUGAACACUUCUGCGGACUUAAUGAAUCCACUUUAGGAGGCACUGUUUGCACUUAGAUAUUUUUAGAAAGCAGAAGCAUCACCUUUUUCAGUACACAAAUUUCUGUGUGUAGUACUUAAUUUCUUUUGUGUGGGUGUUUUUGAAGUCUGUACCAGUUUGCUGCAAAACUCAGGCUUGAUUUAAAAUAAUAUUUUAACUGGAAACAUUGCUUAGUGAUUUUGGAAUAUCACAUCUUCAAUGUACUGCAGAAGUUCACUUCUGUUAUUCUAGCAUGAUUUAAUGAGUGAAGAACCUGAACAAACAUGUUCAGGUAUACCUUGAAAAGACAUGGAAAGACCCUUAUAGAUGGAGCACUGUAGAAGAAUAGAGAGAGCCUGGCAGUACCUGACCCUUGCCUGUGGUGGUAGGCAGAAUGAUAAAGAUUGGUAUUUGUGUCAAACCAAGAUGUGACUAUACAUAGAUAGGGUAUAAGGCAAGAGUUACUUUCUUUAAGCACAACCACAACAGCGUCAACAGAGAGAAGCUUUGUAGUUCUGCCUGUAAUAGCAGCAUUGAUGACAUUUAGCCAAAACUAAAAAGUGGCAAAAGGAUUGUAAGGGAUAUAGCAUUUACAUUUUAUGCAAGACAAAAAAAUAAAAAGACUAGCUUCAUGGUAUUUAUCUGGAACAAGAUAUUGGAAUAGUUUGAAGAUGGAAACAUAGUUCCUGUGUCAACUCACUUGUCUUAACCCUGCCUCUACUGACCUGCCAGCUGAAUUUUAUGAUAUGGCUUAACUUAAUGGGUCAAGUGUUACGUAAGUCACAUUGGAAACUACCAGACCUAAAAGACUUAAUACUUAUACAGGACAGGCAAGAUCUGAACAGUGGAAAAAUUACCUGUCUCCAUUCCUAAAGUAUGUAGUGCCUUAACAAUACCAUUUUUGCUUCUGUAAUUAAUCAGUAUGCCGUAUAGGCAUGCAAGAAUAAUAUUAGACCUAGUAAAAGGAGAUGAAGAAGUCAGGCAAUGCUGUUUUUUAAUAUUAAUCCUAGAUGUGAUAAGUA